AUGUCAAACGCCAAUUUUCACUUGGAAUGCUUUCGGUCUUGGAACCCUCCCCAAGAGAAAGUGCAGCCUUUGCAGAAUCGUCUCGAGAUCUGUCGCUACCCGAGUCCGGUCUCCAUCUCUGCUACACCGUUUCCUUCCGAUCACACGGACCCCAUUCCACAUGGCCAGAAAAGUUCUGCUCCCAGGCUUGAGCGGCAUCCCCUUCCAGUUCGCCCACCAGCGGAGGUUUGCGUGGAUGGCGGCCUUCAACCAAAAGCUCAAAUUGCUCAAAACGAAUCGGAGGUGCUGGGGCAAGCAUCAUCUAUCAGUCUUGACCCUGAGAGUUUCCACUUGGAGGGCAUCGUCCUCCCUUCGGACGGUCUACCAAGCUUUGAAAAUGUUGAUCAUGCAAUGUUUUCUGAUCCCAUUGUGCAAGAUCCCGAGGAUCAAUUUCCCAGCUUUGAGUCAGGCGUCUUGGAGCUCGCUUUCACUUCUGAUCAGCACUCUGGGACCGGAGCUUUUCCAAACUUUGCGACAAUCGAUCCGGCAAUUCUGGGAAGUAGCCAUUCCCAGGAAGUUGAGCAGGCUCAAGCAAUAGAAAUUAUGUCUGGUUUCACAACACCCCCGGACAUAUUUUUGGCUGAACCACCUCGUUUCUUGAAUGAAGAUGCUCCCUUUGACGGCAGGCGACAUGCUUUGAAAAGGACGCUGCAAUCUGGCCAGCAACCUUCCAAAAUCAGCAAACUUUCAGUAGUCGUAAAAAGUCACAAAAAGAAUCGGGCUGGUUGUUCGACUCACGGACUCGGCCGCCAGAAUGUCUCGUUCUCUACUGUCCGUGCCCAAUUCUCUGCCCUUCCGGUCGAGCACCGACUACAAUUCCUGUCGUGGCUAUUUGAAGGCGCCUUAUCUCAGUGCCUCCAAAUGCACUCCAGCACAAAUGACGCCUCAGCAUCGGCAUGUGUCUCUGGACAAGACGAAGUUUCGACACCCAGGUCUGAACACUCCACCAUGAGUGCCGGAAUAGCUGGUGCGAAAUGCGCUCGUUCCUCGAGGAAAGGAUUAAAAUGGUCCGCGGAAGAGGAUCGGCUACUGGUGAAGCUCAGAGAGGAAGAAAAGCUUGCUUGGCCGGAAGUGACCAAGCGGUUUGGUCGAGUCUUUCCCGGAAGAAAGCAAGGCUCCCUACAAGUGUAUUGGAGCACAAAGCUUAGCAAACAGAAAAGAUGA